CCCCGGAUCUCCGGUUUCCGGCAACUCGGCGGGACCAGAGCCUGCGCGGAGAAUCUGAGGCCCGAGGCUUCCUCGCACCAGCUGGACGCUGAGCCCCGCGAGAUGAGGAAAUUGAGGCCCCCAGGAGCCCACAGUCUUACGGCCAGAAGCAGCAGAAUCGGGAAUCAAACCCAGGUCUGUUCGACUCCAGAGCCUGUGCCCUUAACCACUGGCUAGGCUGACUGCCUUUGCUCUCCACUGCCCUCAUAGCCACCUGUCUCAAACCCCAGCCUCCCCUUCCUCAUCCUUCCAUCUCCAGGCUGCACCUGGCCCUUAAACAUCCACACAACCUCUGUAAAUUAUCUUCCUAAUAAUUGGAAGAAGACCCUUGGCUGAAUGGCAGCUGUAGAUGACUUGCAGUUUGAAGAAUUUGGUGAUACAGCCACUUCUCUAGCAGCAAACCCAGAUGCCACCACAAUAAGCAUCGAGGAUCCUGGUGAAACCCCAAAACACCAGCCAGGACCCCCAGGAGGCUCAGGGAGAGAAGAGGAUGAUGAGUUACUAGGAAAUGAUGACUCUGACAAAACUGAGUUACUUGCUGGACAGAAGAAAAGCUCCCCCUUCUGGACAUUUGAAUACUAUCAAACAUUCUUUGAUGUAGACACUUACCAGGUCUUUGACAGAAUAAAGGGGUCUCUUUUGCCAAUACCAGGAAAAAACUUUGUGAGGUUGUAUAUCCGCAGCAACCCAGAUCUCUAUGGCCCCUUUUGGAUAUGUGCCACGUUGGUCUUUGCCAUAGCAAUUAGUGGGAAUCUUUCCAACUUCUUAAUCCAUCUGGGAAGGAAGACAUACCAUUAUGUGCCCGAAUUCCGAAAAGUGUCCAUCGCAGCCACAAUCAUCUAUGCCUAUGCCUGGCUGGUUCCUCUUGCACUCUGGGGUUUCCUUGUGUGGAGAAACAGUAAAGUUAUGAACAUCGUUUCCUAUUCGUUCUUGGAGAUUGUGUGCGUCUAUGGAUAUUCACUCUUCAUUUAUAUCCCCACAGCAAUACUGUGGAUCAUCCCCCAGAAAGUGGUCCGCUGGAUUCUAGUUAUGAUUGCCCUGGGCAUCUCAGGCUCUGUCUUGGCAAUGACAUUUUGGCCAGCAGUUCGUGAGGACAACCGACGCAUCGCAUUGGCCACAAUUGUGACGAUUGUGUUGCUUCACAUGCUGCUUUCUGUGGGCUGCCUGGCCUACUUUUUUGACGCACCAGAGAUGGACCAUCUCCCAACAAGCACAGCUGCUCCAAACCAAACAGUUGCAGCAGCGAAGUCCAGCUAAAGGGGAAAGGCCUACUUCAGAUACUCUGUCCUUGGUGGAGUUUUGCUUUACUUCUCCAG